AAAAGUGAUAUAAAAGAAUAAUACAUUUUUUUUAAAUCACCAAAUUACUCAACAUGGGCAUGGUUAGCCCUAGGGUAAAUAUGUCCCUAUGUGAAAUCACAAUAGUUUUAAUUAUAUUAUUUUAAUUAUAAAUAAUAUAUGACUCUGUCUAAUUGUAUGAUAUAAUUAUAUCUAUAAUUAUAUUAUUUUUGCCACCCAAAAGAAAGAACCCAUAACUUACUUGUUUCCUAAUGGAAGACCUGAUUGUGUUCAUUAUUAUUUAUUUACAGGAUUAGAAUCAUUUGAUAAAGUAUUAAGUUUCUUCUCGUUAGUACGGAAAGAAUUUUCUAAUAGUCUUUCAUCAUUUGAACUAAUGGACUCUGUAGCAAUAAAAAGUGUGCAAAAAAAUAUUGGCAUUAAGUGUCCAAUAAAUGACAGCCUGAAAUUUUAUGUUCUUGUAGAAUUAUCAGGUGAUAAUAAUUAUAUCAGUCAUUCCAUUCAAGAAUUUUUAGAAAAAGCCUUAGAUGAAGAAAUAAUUUUAGAUGCUACUGUAGCAGACCAACCGUCACUAAUUCAAAAUUUAUGGAAAAUAAGAGAAAAUAUUCCUGAAAGUUUAUUAAGAUAUGGAUACGUCUAUAAAUAUGAUAUAACUUUACCUCAUGAGUUAUUUUAUGAGAUUGUGCCUGAAAUAAGGAAACGAUUAGAAAAACUAGAUGUUAAAGCGGUUUGUGGCUAUGGACAUUUAGGUGAUGGAAAUUUACAUUUAAAUGUGGCUACAAUAGAACAUAAUGCUGAAAUAGCCUCAGCCAUUGAACCUUAUGUAUAUGAAUGGACUAGCAAAUACAAAGGAAGUGUAAGUGCUGAACAUGGAAUUGGAUUUUUAAAGAGUAAAUAUUUGAAAUAUUCAAAAUCCAAUUUAGAAAUAGAUUUAAUGAAAAAAUUAAAAAAUACUAUUGAUCCAAAAAAUAUAUUAAAUCCAUACAAGAUUUUUCCGCAAGAUGAUACUAAUUGAGUUUCAGUCUUAUUAAAAAAAAAUUUUUAUUGUUUUUAAAGUGGUUUAUUAUGUUGUCAACCAUUUAGUAUAUAGAGAUAUCUAUUAAAUAUGAAUAUUAUUUAAACAAA